CAAUGUGAAACCUUCACAAUUUCCAUUCUAGUCAUUUAGAAGCUGUUAUCUACGUGGUAGUACCAGUUUGUGAUUCCUGGUGUUACUCUGGCCUCUAUUGUGACUUGUGUGGUGCUCGUAUUAUACGAUUCCGUAAUCUUUGAAUAUCCAUAUUAGUGCACCGCUUCUGUUUAUCAUGGCUGCAUCCUUAUAGGUUAAUGAAUUAUUUAAGUUAUUUAAUGUAGUUAAUGUUUCCUUCGUCAAUUUACAGGAUUAUUGUAUGAAAUGCUUCGAUCAGCCAAGACAGGGGACUCAAAGUCAAGUUGGAAGGUACUCAUCAUGGACAAGGUAACAGUUAAAAUAAUGUCUUAUGCGUGCAAGAUGGCAGAUAUUACAGAUGAAGGAGUAUCAUUGGUGGAAGAUAUACACAAGCGAAGACAACCACUACCAGCCAUGGAUGCCAUAUAUUUCAUACAACCUACCAAAGAAAACAUUGUUAUCUUCCUCUCUGAUAUGUCUGGAAGGUCGCCAUUAUACAAAAAGGCGUUCGUCUUCUUCAGCUCACCUGUUGCCCGAGAAUUGGUUAAUCACGUUAAGAGAGAUGGAAGUGUUUUAUCUCGCAUCGGUGCAUUGAGAGAGAUGAACUUGGAAUAUUUUGCCAUAGAUAGCCAGGGUUUUAUCACUGACAAUGAGAGAGCCCUUGAGGACCUCUUUGGGGAUGAAGAAAGCUCUCGCAAAGGUGACGCAUGUUUGAAUUUGAUGGCUAACCGCAUAGGUACAGUAUUUGCAUCAUUGAGGGAGUUUCCAUAUGUACGCUACCGUGCUCCCAAAUCCCUCGAUCCUACUACAAUGACAACUUUUCGUGAUCUAAUUCCUACAAAGCUUGCUGCUGGUGUUUGGAAUUCUCUUAUGAAAUAUAAAUCCAACCUCCCUAACUUCCCCCAGUCUGAGACAUGCGAGCUUCUUAUUUUAGAUAGAUCGAUAGACCAGAUUGCUCCAGUUAUACAUGAAUGGACGUAUGAUGCCAUGUGCCAUGAUUUACUUAACAUGGAAGGGAAUAAAUAUGUCCAUGAGAUCCCAGGCAAAAAUGGUGGUGUUCCUGAGAAGAAGGAGGUCCUUUUGGAAGAUCAUGACCCUAUCUGGCUAGAGCUUCGGCAUGCACAUAUAGCUGAUGCUAGUGAACGGUUGCAUGAGAAGAUGACAAACUUUGUAUCAAAAAAUAAAGCUGCACAAAUACAUGGUUCAAGAGAUGGUGGUGAAUUGUCUACUCGGGAUUUGCAAAAGAUGGUUCAAGCUUUGCCUCAGUAUAGUGAACAAAUUGAAAAGCUCUCGCUCCAUGUUGAUAUUGCAGGAAAAAUUAACAAAAUUAUCCGGGAAACGGGGCUUAAAGAAGUUGGCCAACUAGAGCAGGAUCUUGUGUUUGCAGACGCGGGAACAAAAGAACUGAUUAAUUUUCUUCGAGUUAAAGAGGAUGUAUCGCGUGAAAACAAAUUGCGAUUAUUGAUGAUUUACGCAGCUGUUUAUCCUGAGAAGUUUGAGGAUGACAAAAUAUCAAAAUUGAUGGAGUUGGCUAGACUAUCACCGGAUGAUAGGACUGCUGUUUACAAUAUGAGACUACUAGAGGCAUCAUCAGAGACCAAAAAAAGCUCAAUUGUGCCAUUUUCACUUAAGUUUGAUGCCCACAAGAAGAAGCACGCUGCUCGAAAAGACCGGCCUGGUGAAGAAGUUAAAUGGCAGUUAUCACGUUUUUACCCUAUGAUUGAGGAGCUUGUUGAAAAACUUAGCAAAGGCGAACUACCUACGAAUGACUAUCCAUGUAUGAAUGAACCCAGCCGUUCAUUUCAUGGUACCCCUGGGUCUCCGAGUGCAUCUCUAAGGACAGGUCAAGUUCCAGCUCCUCAUUCAAUGAGAUCGAGAAGACCGUCAACGUGGGCCCGUCCUCGAAAUUCUGAUGAUGGUUAUUCUAGUGAUUCAAUUUUAAGGCAUGCCUCUAGUGAUUUCAAAAAGAUGGGCCAACGAAUUUUCGUGUUCAUUGUUGGCGGGGCGACACGUUCUGAGCUAAGAGUUUGCCAUAAGUUAUCAACAAAGUUGCAACGAGAAAUUGUCCUUGGGUCGUCGAGUAUUGAUGAUCCCCCACAAUUUAUCACGAAGUUAAAGCUGAUGGCUGCAGACGAAUUGUCAUUGGAUGAUCUUCAGAUAUAAGAUGUCUAUCACCUGGUAAAUCUCGAUAUGCAAUAUUAUGUUGCCCUGCUUUCAAAUUUGUUAAUCAUAUAUCGAUUCAUAGUUAAAUGUGCUCUCUGUC